AUGGCUGGCGCUUAUGAUACCGAACAACAAAGAAUGAUUGAUAGAAUUAAAUGCAUUACUUUCCGAGAAGCUCGUGAUGCUGGUGCAACAUUUAUAAAUAGACAAUGGAUUGCCGACAAAAUUCACCGUACGACUCGAUUUGUUACAGAAUGGUGGGAAAAAUCGUGUGACCAAUGUUUUGCUGAUUAUUCGAAUGCUGGUCCUAAACUCAAGUUAUCGAGAGCUGCUCAGGACAUUAUUCGUGAAGCAAGUGGUCACCAACGGAAAAGCGGUUCUGUCGUGGCGAAAGAGAUUGCAAAGAAAGAAAAAGAAUAUGUUACUCGACAAACAGUUAAUAACUACCGUCGUAGGGAAGGAUUAAAGCCUUUUCAUGUUAUUUCAAGACCGUUAAAAUCUGAAACUCAUAUAUCAGAUCGAUUAUGGCUCUGUGAUUGGUUGAAAGAUUGGACUGAAGAAGAUUUUCUUCAUCUGGCACCAUCAGAUGAAUUUUAUGUUUGGACAGUUCGCAAACCAAAUUAUCAAAAUGAUAGGAUUUGGGCAAAAAGUGUUGAAGAUAUUGAAGACGAUGAAAGGUAUCGCGAAAUGGUUAAAAACCAAGCGUGUAUCGGUAUUUUUAUCAUUUUCACCGCGAAAAAAAUGCAUUGGGUGAUUAAAGACAAAGGUGAAUCUUGGACCGGUCAAUAUUUUCGUGACAUUAUUUUAAUGCAACACGUAUUUCCAUUCCUCACCGACGAGGAAAACGUAAUUGAUCUGGAUAAUGUGAUAUUUGUUCACGAUAAAGCACCGUGUAUGCGAGCAAACAUGACUCAACAUCUGAUUAGAGAUAACAAAAUCGAGUUUUGGGG